UAUGGUUAAACAUAUCAGGUGGCACUCUUACUUAUGUUGAUAGCUCUUCAUCAAUAGACCUUACAGACUCACCACAACAACAGCAAAGAUCACUUUAUGCAUCUGACAAUUCUUGGUCAACUGAAAAAGGGAAAGAAACUGCCUCAGCUUUAGGUAAAUACCCUCCAACCCCAGUUCUGAAUGAUCUUAUUGCAAGAGCUUCUAAAGUUAGCAUCUGA